UUUAGAACAGUAACCCUCUCAGUCAUAGGUUCAUAUUGUUUGGGCAAAUCUUGUCUUGUUAAUUCCCACGUCGAUAAUGGCGAUAUUAACAAUGAGACCAAACUCCACACACUCUUCUUUCUUUCACUGUUAAUGGCUUCCAUUUCUUCUUCAAUUUCUAUCUUUCACUUCCUUCCGAGAUAGUUAAUUUUCUCCUUUUUUCAAUCUAAUUUACUUUUCCUCAUUUAAUUUGUGUUCGAUCAAUGGCAAGCUCAUAUGGCUUCUUUUCACUUUCACUACCUAGUAAUCGCAAGAACACAGUAUUUCAAUCUACAGGCUUAGUUGGAUCUGGGUCUUAUUCUUUUGUGAAAUUUAGUAAUAGGGUUUUCUGUUCCUCCACUGAACGUACUGAUAAACAUGCUGCUGUCUCCUUUGACGAAUUGAGAGUUUCUAGGCUAGCAAGUAAGGGUUGUAAGCUAGUUGGCUGUGGUUCGAGUGUACCAAAGCUACAGAUCUCAAAUGAUGACCUCUCUAAAAUGGUUGAAACUUCGGAUGAAUGGAUAUCUGACCGCACAGGGAUUCGCAAGAGGCGUAUCCUUUCAGGUGAAGAUACUUUGGUUGGAUUGGCCACCGAAGCAGCAAGGAACGCUCUGGAGAUGGGCAAUGUUGACCCUAAUGAUAUUGACCUUAUUUUGAUGUGUACAUCUACUCCAGAGGACCUCUUCGGAAGUGCUCCUCAGAUACAAAAAGCACUAGGAUGCAGUCGGAAUCCCCUGGCUUAUGAUAUUACUGCAGCUUGCAGUGGAUUUAUGCUGGGUUUGGUGUCUGCUGCUUGUCACGUAAGGGGUGGUGGGUUUAAGAAUGUACUUGUUAUAGGUGCAGAUGCUCUAUCUCGUUUCGUAGACUGGACUGAUAGGGGGACUUGUAUUCUUUUUGGUGAUGCUGCUGGGGCUGUAGUGGUGCAGGCUUGUGACAGUGAAGAUGACGGGCUGUUUGCGUUUGACAUGCAUAGCGAUGGUGAGGGUGGAAGGCACUUAAACGCAUCCCUGAGGCAUGAUGAAACUGAUGCAGCAGUGGGUAGCAACGGUGCUGUGAAUGGUUUUCCUCCAAGGCCGACAUCUUAUUCACAUAUUAAUAUGAAUGGACAAGAGGUAUAUAAAUUCGCUGUUCGAUGUGUACCCCAGUCAAUUGAUGCUGCGCUUCAAAAGGCUGGUCUAAGUGGUUCAGAUAUUGAUUGGUUACUAUUACAUCAGGCAAACCAGAAGAUUAUCGAUUCAGCCGCUUCACGUCUAAAGGUUCCUUCAGAUCGCGUUCUUUCAAAUUUAGCAAAUUACGGCAACACUAGCGCUGCAUCAAUCCCCUUGGCGUUAGAUGAAGCUGUUCGGAGUGGAAAAGUGAAACCCGGACAUAUCAUUGCAGCUUCUGGAUUUGGCGCUGGUCUUACUUGGGGAUCGGCCAUUUUGAGAUGGGGUUAGAAAAAACGAGUUUGCAACAUUUAUCUUACUUCUUAUUCAAGUCGAUGGUGCAAAACGAGGCCUCCGAGAGUUGUUUUCUUGCAAGUCUAUGCUCAAAGAGUCCCGACUCGCCUUUAUACAUCAUGAUUCAUGAUUUAAGAGCUACCAUUUCUUCUGUUGCAUUUUUAUUAUCCUUUUUUCACUUUUAUAAGCUCUAUUUUUUUUUUUUAUAUUAGGUGAAUUUUUUCUCGUCCUGAAAAAAAUUUAAAAAAUUACUUCAACCCGUCAUUUAUAAUCUUUUGUGAAUUAUUGUUUUCGGGCGAUAUUAAAUUAGAUCUUGUAUUUUGAACCGAUUUGUCUUGUAUAUUUAUCUUGAUUGAAUUAGUGAACAAUAAAUUUUGUUGCAAAA